GUUAGUGGAGGGAACCAGAGAAAUACAAAUAAAACACGUCAUCCCUGCAGCAAUCUAUAACUAAAGAAGUGCAUCUAUUAGUAAAGAGUAUUUUCUACAACCUCAAAGCGUGAGAGAGCAUUGAAACAUCUAUCGAGUCGUCCUCUCAGUAAUCUGACUGGAACCCGUACAGCUUCUUCUUCAUGCUUCUGAGGGGUUAACCAUGUUUGUCAGGAGGUAACAGGACUCCUGCUGCAGCACAUGUGCACACAUUGUGUCAUAUCCAGGUUGAAAUGCUCCGGCCGACAGCUGAGCAGGUAAACAAACCUGCUCCUGCUCCUGAAAGCCAGGUAAAGAGAGGCCUGCUGCUCACAUAGAGAGUCUCAUCCAUGGAGUCCAAUCUGUCCUGCCUGUCUUCACUGAAAGAAGAAGACGAUCCGGUUUACAUCCAGCCGCAUUACAAAGAGUCCUACCGCCUGGCCAUUUAUGCCCUGCUGUGCGGAGGCAAGGAGGCCUACGAGGAGUUCCUCCGGGCCGAGCAGAUCAGCCACUUCCUGUCGGAGGAGGAGAUCCUGUUCAUUUUGGAAAAUGCAGAGUUACCGGUCGUGGAGGACGACGACUCCUCCGAGGGGAGACGGGUCGCCGACGAGGCCGGCCACUCCACCUACUUCCCGACCGAGUCGGACGACGAGGUGCCGGACCUGGACCUGGGCUGGCCGGAGGUCCCGCUGGAGGGCGCCGAGACCAGCAUCAGCCUGCUGUUCCACCCGCCCAGACAAAACACACCCACCAUCAAAGAAGUGGUUCGCAAACAGAUCCAGGAGGCGAAGAAGGUUAUCGCCAUAGCGAUGGACGUCUUCACCGACGUGGACAUUUUCAAAGAGCUCAUCACGGCCACGUUGAGGGGCGUGGUCGUCUACGUCCUCCUGGACGAUUCCCAGUUCAAGAGCUUCCUCGCCAUGUCCCACCGGGUGGGCGUCAACAUCCAGGACCUCAAGAACAUCCGCGUCCGGACGGUUCAGGGGCAGCAGUAUCAGUGUCAGUCCGGGGUGAAGUUCCGCGGAGAUCUGGAGCAAAGAUUUAUUCUGGUGGACUGCCGGACGGUGUUGUAUGGAACAUACAGCUACACGUGGUCGUUUGAGAAGAUCAACCUCAGCAUGGUCCUGGUGAUCACAGGUCAGCUGGUCACCUCUUACGAUGAGGAGUUUCGCCGACUGUACGCUCGCUCUGUAGUUCCUACAGUUCUGUCCAGGGAGAGGCCGUUGGUCCAGUACCUGAGAGACACUGUGGCCAUGCAGAGCCCAAACUCCAGCCAGCUCUCCCUCCGCCAAACUCACAUGAGACCCAAAGUGAUGCACGGCAUGAGGAGUGCUCAGGAUGACAGGUUUAACAACGCCACCAUGAUGACCCGAGGCUUGAGCGUGCAGGAGAGGCUGCAUCAGUCUCACUGUUUCGACAUGGGGAAUCUGAUGCGGGGACACAGUUAUGGCGGAGAACUGCAGAAGUUGAACUCCUUGACUCGGCUGAGGAUGGGGACCAAGGACCUCGGAGUCCCUGUUGAUAAGACGGGACCUAACCUGAGGGGGGGCGGCGACUUGCUGCUAACAAACAGGUUGUCCCAGCAGCACCUUAAGCACCUGACUCGCUAUGGAACGGACCAGAAUCUGAUACCGUUCAACUCUGAAACAUCACUCCACAGGUGGAAGAUGGACGCAUACUUUAACGACGGCGACGUGCCUCUAGAUGCAUCAUGUGAUGCGAUAUCUCCAUAUGGAAGCCACACAGGCUUAAACGAGCAGCUGGUUCACAACAGGUCGAGGGACAUUAAGUCCAGGAUGGAGGAAAUGAGACAGAAGAGGCUCAGUCUGCAGGAAUACGCUAAUCUCAGGCAGAGCCAAGAGUCCUUGAGGUCUGCGUAUCCGACUCUGGAAAGACCCAAAUAUAUGUCUCCAUUAAGAGGGCAGGACAUGAGGCAGAACGUGGCAGAAUUAGAGCCAAAUGCGCAGAACGGUUGCAUCUUGGAAACGGCCAGCUUCAAAGACAAUGAGCCAAAUAAGGAAAGAGAGCAAACUCUCAGUGAUGUCCACCGCUCUGCCUCUCACCACGACGUCACAACGGCUCCAGAUCGAAAGACGAUGCAGACAUACGACUGGCACGAGCCUCUUUCCAGGACGACCUCUGCUGCUGCUGAUUUAGAUAUGAUACUAAACGAUCCGUCGCUUAAGCUCGCUCAUUUGCAGCCCAGCGGUCUCCAACACCCGAGAGCAAUGGAGUCUUUGACCGAGCUCCCGGAAGAGAAAGAAGGUUCGCGUGUCAACAGUUCGGACUCGGCCGCAUUCAAAGACGGAAAUGAGGAGAUUAACAAAGACGAGAAAGCUUUUCCAAAGGAGAACUCUGGGAAAUCCAGAUUACCUGCAGAAUCACAGCGCCAGGAUCCAACCAGAGGACGCCUUGGUUCUGUAGGUAAGAUGGCCAACAGCUCAGGCUCAGCUGCUCCAAAAGAAGGAAAGAAAUCAAUAUCCACUGAGGUACAAACUGUCCCAAAAAGCUUAAACACUUCUACAGGAUCUCAGCAUGCAGUGGAAGCUACGAGUGGUCACACGGAAAAACAGGAAAAGCAGCGCGAGGAGCCGCCCCUCCAAAGGAAGAACUCCCUGAGAAAGAAAGUAUAUUCCAUGCUUACGCCAGACGACAAGAAAGCAUCCAAAAAAGAGGAGAAGUCCCUCCAGAGGAAUGCCUCACUGAGAUCGCGGACUCCUUCAGGAUUAACCCAACCAAUCAGAGGAGACCAUUCACAGGCACCUGCGGUAGAGCAAACGACCAAGAAAGGUCAGUCGCCGAGCAUCUCCAGGUCGCAGAACUCUCUCAGUGGUUCAGCGGAGACUGAGAAGCACAAAUCAUCAUUCCCGAGAUCUCCUCAGCAGUCAAGCAAAAGAAAGCCGAACCCUGCAGGAGACCAGGACCGAGGCUCGAGGAGCACUCUGAACGACGAGGGAGAGACCGUCUAUCACGCCAGGAGAGAGAGAGUCUACAGUCGAUUUGAAUAUUUGCUUAGCACUGAAAGUCUGGAUAAGUCAGUGAAGGUGGUAGCCUCAGAGAAAGACAGAGGCUCUCCCCUGAACAGACGGGACCCUUUGUAUCAGUCACAAAGUGGUUCUGACAAACUGGGAAGGUUCAUGCAGCGAGUAGGAAAUCUAAUAAGCAAGAACAAGUAGAGAAGAGAAGAGGGCCGCCAUGCUCAGGAAGGCGUAUGAAUAGCACACAAUGUUAAGGACCUUCUCCGUGUCAUGAUAACGCAUUCUAGGCUUUUUGUGUGCCAUUAAAGGCUGCGUUGUUACCAUGAAACAGUCGCGGCUAUGUUUAGGCAACAAAACCAAAAACAUCACGUGAAUUAAGUAUAAUACGGGCCCAUUGUUCCGAAGUCCCAUUGUUCCGAAAGCGCAUUGUUCCGAAGGCACAUUGUUCCGAAGACCCAUUGUUUCGAAGGCACAUUGAUCCAAAAUACUAGGGCUGUCAAAGUUAAUGGAUAAUAAAGCGUUAAUGCAUAUUAGUUUUAACGCCACUAAUUUCUUUAAUCCAAUAACGCAGCUUGUGAUCUUUAGGUUGUAGCGGCUCCGUUU